UUUUUUAUUUGUUGGUAGAUGUAGUUAUAUUAUUAGAUUUUGAUCCUUCGUCAAUUGAGCGACGACAAAAAGUUGUUUAAAAAUCAUGAGAACGGGAUUGUAGAAAGCGAAAAGAUCGUUGUAGAUCGUAGAAAGCUAGACUAUCGCCUCAGGUCAUCGUGAAAACGGGAUAGUAAAAAGCUAAAAGAUCGCUAGAGAUCAUUUAAAUUUCAGGAAAACGGCAUUGUAGAAAGCGAAAAUAUCGCUGACAAAACAUCAGUCAACUUUAAAGUCAUUCGUCAAAACUUAAAUUACAUCAGUUCAUCUGAUUUAAAAAUAUUGGUUCUAGCAUUGAAUUAAUAUGGCACUAACUAUAUUAAAUUUAACAUAGUUACCAGGUAUUUGCAAAUCUAAAAUUGCUAGUAAAGAAAUAUCUUAGCAUCAGAUUCAUGAUUUCCCUUCUUUAUAGAUCUCCCAGACGAAGCAGUAGACGAAGUCGAAGUAGAUCUCGCUCAAGGUCUCCAAAACGUCGAAAAUCAAGAUCUCGUUCCAGAGAUCGACGCAAAAAACGAAAGUCUGUUUCCAAAUCUUCAUCGCGGUCUCCUAGAAGACGAUCCAGAAAAAAAUCAAAAUCAAGAUCUCAUUCUCCUGCAAGAAGAAAAUCCCGGAAAUCAACUUCCAAGUCUCCUUGAUAGAUCAUCCUCCAA